CACUUAUCGGUUGUUUAGCUGUCAAAGCCGGCCGACAAUCCUAACCUAAAAUUAUGCCUCUUUUGCCGAGGAUUAGAAUUGUUUCGACCGAGUAACGUCGAUCGACGCUGACAAUAAGAUGAGCGUCAGAAUACGAACUGAGCUGUGCAAAAAGAUCAGAGGAUCUUUGGGAACUACUCAGCCACCUGAGGCUUUAAACUCUGCUCUUUCUUACCUCGAAUUGAGACGGGACAAUUCGAGCGGUGACUUUGUUGUCUCAUUGCCGUUGAAAACUGGAGAAUAUGAUGCGAGGAGUUCCGCGGAUAAUAUCGCUUCGUUAAAGCCUGACGGUUUGUUUACUGAGGUUCGAUUGAGCGGAGAUAGAUUAGACAAUGUAUCGUUUCGUUUGAACAGGGAUCGCUGUAUUAGAGAGAUUUUGGAGAAUGAUUCCAGCAGAAUUACGAUACCCGGAGUCAACAGCGGAGGGAAAAAGAUCAUCGUUGAGUUCAGUUCUCCUAACAUUGCAAAGCCCUUUCACGUCGGUCAUUUGCGCUCUACUAUCAUUGGAAACUACAUUGCAAACGUCAAUGACUUCCUAUGCAACGACGUCAGGAGGAUUAAUUACCUAGGUGAUUGGGGGACACAGUUCGGAUUUGUACAGCUCGGUAUUGAUUUGCUCAAUGUGACCGAAGAGAGGAUGAAAAGGGAACCGAUCAAGCUGCUUUACGACGCUUAUGUUCACGCCAAUAAGCUCGCCGUAACUGAUCCGUCGAUAGCCGAGAGAGCAAGACAAAUCUUCAAUGAUUUAGAAUCCGGGAAUGCAAGGGAUAUCGAGAAGUGGGAAACGUUUAGGCGGUUCACUGUCGACGAGCUAUCGGCAACCUACGAAAGACUCGGCGUCAGAUUCGACGAGUACAACUGGGAAUCUACUUACAAUGCUAAGAAAAUCUCUCAGAUCAUAUCAUUUAUGGAAUCGCAAGGUUUCCUUAUCACCGACAAUGAGGGCAGGAAGGUGUUUCCUUUUCACGAGAAACGCAAUGUACCGAUAAUCAAAAGUGAUGGAUCAACGCUGUACAUAACAAGAGACAUAGCGGCAGCUAUGGACAGAUUCGAUAAAUACAAGUUUGACGCCAUGUAUUACGUUGUCGACACUGCCCAAAACGAGCACUUUGUAACCUUGAUUAAAAUACUUGAAAAAAUGAAAUGUUCCUGGGCAGACAGACUCCUGCACGUCAAAUUUGGUAGGAUCAAAGGCAUGAGCACCAGAAAGGGUUCAGCUGUGUUUUUACAAGAUAUUUUAGAUGAAACGCUGGCAGUGAUGAGGGAAAAUCAGAUUCAGUCGCCGACUACGAGAGUAUCCCUCGCUACUUCCGACAAGUCGACAGACAUUUUGGGUAUAUCUGCCGUGAUUAUAAACGAUUUGAAACAGAGAAGAUCAAAGGAUUAUAAUUUCGAUUGGAACAAAGCAUUGGACAUUAAAGGCGAUACUGGGGUAAAAUUGCAGUACGUUCACUGCAGGCUGACGAGCCUGGAAGAAAAUUCCGGAGCAAAGUUGCCGACCGAAUGCGAUCCGUCGCUUUUGCGGGAGCAGAUUAUUGAAGAGCUCAUUGCUCAAAUCGGCAGAUUUGAUCAAACAGUUGUUAGGUCCCACCGAGAACUGGAGCCUUGCGUUCUGGUCAACUAUCUUUUCGCACUUAGCCAUGCCAUAAACAAGGGACUCAAAGAGCUCAGGGUCAAGGGAGAACCGGAGGACGUUGCCUCUCAAAGACUGCUGGUCUUUUCCGCAGCCAAAAGGGUUCUCGCUCAGGGCAUGAAACUGCUGGGACUGCAUCCUCUGAAUAAAAUGUAACACGAAUAAUGACGAUAAUUCGACAAAUGUACAAAGUAGAUUAUAGAUAAUUGAGUAAAACAAGUUUACAA